AUGGUGUCGGUCAAGGGCAAGCGCAAGCGGGCAAGCCCGCAGCAGCUGCAGAUUUUGAACAAGGUUUUUGCCGAGACGUCAUUCCCGUCGACCGAGACGCGUAACCAGCUUGCGCAGCAGCUGCAGAUGACGCCGCGCACGGUUCAGAUCUGGUUCCAGAACAAGCGCCAGGCGGCGCGC